ACGGCCGGAAAAGGCGGGAAAAGGAUCCGGGAAUUCCCGGGAUCGGCACCGGGAGCGGGGAAAGGAUCCCGGAGCUCCCCGGGAUCGGCACCGGGAGCGGGGAAAGGAUCCCGGAGUUCCCCGGGAUCGGCACCGGGAGCGGGGAAAGGAUCCCGGAGUUCCCCGGGAUCGGCACCGGGAGCGGGGAAAGGACCCCGGAGUUCCCCGGGAUCGGCACCGGGAGCGGGGAAAGGAUCCCGGAGUUCCCCGGGAUCGGCACCGGGAGCGGGGAAAGGAUCCCGGAGUUCCCCGGGAUCGGCACCGGGAGCGGGGAAAGGAUCCCGGAGUUCCCCGGGAUCGGCACCGGGAGCGGGGAAAGGAUCCCGGAGUUCCCCGGCGCCCACCGACAGCGAAGCAGAACCGAGGAUUCCCCCUAUUCGCAAAUCCAGAACUUCCUCAAUCCCCGUCCCUGGUGCCCCACAGGACCGGGAUCAGAUCGGGAUCGGGAUCAGAUCGGGAUCGGGAUCAGAUCGGGAUCGGGAUCGGGAUCAGGAUCGGAUCAGGACCGGCUCCAUGGAUUCCUUCCAGUCCCCGCCGCCCCGGGCCCGCAGGGACAAGGAUCCCGUGUCCGUCACCAUCCCGGCCUCUCCCUUCAUGCAGAAGUUGGGAUUCGGCACCGGCGUCAGCGUCUACCUGAUGAAAAGGUCCCCGCGGGGGCUGCCGCGCUCGCCGUGGGCGGUGAAGAAAAUCAACACCGGCUGCUCCCGGAGCCAGCGCGGGCUCUUCCAGAGGCGGCUGCGCCAGGAGGCGCAAACGCUGCGGAACCUGCAGCACCCCAACAUCGUCGGGUACCGGGCGCUGACGGAGGCGGCUGACGGGAGCCUGUGCCUGGCCAUGGAAUUCGGGGGGGAGAAAUCCCUGCACGAGCUGAUCGAGGAGCGCCGGGAGCAGGGAUUGGGAAUGUUCCCCGCCCCCACCAUCCUCAGCGUGGCGCGGAGCGUGGCCAGCGGCCUCCAGUACCUGCACGAGGAGCAGCGGCUGCUCCACGGUGACAUCAAAUCCCCCAACGUGGUCGUGCGCGGCGCCUUCGCCGCCGUCAAGAUCUGCGACGUCGGCGUCUCCCUGCCCCUGGACCAGGACCUGAAGGUGUCGGACCCGUCUCUCCAGUACGUGGGCACGGAGCCGUGGCUGCCCCCGGAGGCGCUGGAGCCGGGCGGGGCCAUCUCCGACCGCUCCGACAUCUUCGCCUUCGGCCUCACGCUCUGGGAGAUGCUGGCGCUGAGCGUGCCCCACAUGGCCGAGCCCGGCUCCGACGAGGAUCCCGAGGAUUCCGAGGAUUCCCAGUGCGAGGAUUCCGAGGAUUCCCGGUGCGAGGAUCCCGAGGAUUCCCGGAGCGAGGAUUCCCAGUCCGAGUAUUCCCAGUCGGAGGAUUCCUGGGAUGAGGCCUCGUACCUGGCGGCGCUGGGCUCGCGGCCGCCGCUGCCGCCCGCGGCGCUGGGCCCGGCGCAGGCCCCGGUGCGGGAGCUGUUCCUGGUGUGCACGGCCCGGGAGCCGCCGGAGCGGCCGUCGGCAGCGCGGAUCCUGCAGGCGCUGCCCGAGCCCGAGCCCUGAGCGCCGAAUUCCCGGAGCGCGGCGUUCCCAGAGUGCCGAAUUCCCGGAGCGCGGCGUUCCCGGAGUGCCGCAUUCCCGGAGCCUGGUGUUCCCGGA